GACGAGAGGAGGAAAUAGUAGAUGCCAGAGGAGAGGCGGGUGGUUCCGGACCUCUCUCUUUUUUAUCUCCACAUCCAUUUCCUCCCCUCUCCACACGAUCCUCUCUCUCUCUCUCUAAAACUCUCUCUCUCAAGAGAGAGAUUGUGUUGUGUUGUGUUGUGGUGUGGCAUUCAUUGAUCAACAACUAUGUCUGUGCAGUCAGUGCCUCAACUUCUCUACUCCAAUGGCCAGUCUCUCAAACCUCCUUUUUCUUCUUCUUCUUCUUCUUCAGCCUUCGCUUCUAACAGAGGCGGCCUCUUGUUCGUCGAUUUCGUCGGUCUCUGCUGCAGCUCCUCCAGGCAAACUUCACGGAAGAGACUCGGAGCUUCUUCGACUACUCAGAGGUUUCACGGUUUACCAGCUAAGAACUGGUCUUCAAUCAGAGCUGUUCUCGAUCUUCAACGCCUCCAUAAUUCAUCGGAACAGUCCUCGGAUUCCAGACCAAAGGUUGCAAUCUUGGAUGAUAUAAUAUCAGAGAGGGGGGCCUGUGGAGUUGGAUUUAUUGCCAAUUUGGAAAAUAAAGCCUCACAUCAGAUUAUUAAGGAUGCUCUUACUGCUCUUGGUUGCAUGGAACAUCGUGGUGGUUGUGGAGCAGAUAAUGAUUCUGGUGACGGUUCAGGAUUGAUGACGUCAAUUCCAUGGGAUCUUUUUAACAAUUGGGCCAACAAGCAAGGGAUUGCUUUCUUCGAUAAGUUGCACACUGGUAUUGGAAUGGUUUUUCUUCCCAAAGAUGACAACCUUAUGAAAGAAGCCAAAUCAGCUAUUAUUAGCAUCUUUAGACAAGAGGGUCUUGAGGUGCUUGGAUGGAGGCCUGUUCCUGUAGAUACUUCUGUCGUUGGUUACUAUGCAAGAGAAACCAUGCCCAACAUACAGCAGGUUUUUGUUAGAGUUGUUAAAGAUGAAAAUGUAGAUGAUUUUGAGAGAGAAUUGUAUAUUUGCCGGAAAUUGAUUGAAAGAGCAGCCAGCUCAGAAGCUUGGGGAAAUCAGCUUUAUUUCUGUUCUUUGUCCAAUCAAACAAUCGUUUACAAGGGAAUGCUUCGUUCAGAAGUUCUUGGUAGAUUCUACUUUGACCUCCAAAGUGAUCUCUAUAAAUCUCCUUUUGCUAUUUAUCAUCGGAGGUACAGCACAAAUACUAGUCCUAGGUGGCCUCUUGCUCAACCAAUGAGGUUACUUGGUCAUAAUGGAGAGAUCAAUACCAUACAGGGAAACUUGAAUUGGAUGCAAUCUCGAGAGACCUCAUUGAAAUCUCCUGUUUGGUGUGGUCGGGAAAAUGAAAUUCGUCCUUAUGGAAACUCAAAAGCAUCUGAUUCUGCAAAUCUUGACAGUGCAGCGGAAUUUUUAAUAAAAAGUGGCCGUAGUCCUGAGGAAGCUCUAAUGAUUCUUGUCCCAGAGGCUUACAAGAAUCAUCCAACUUUGUCGAUUAAGUAUCCUGAGGUUGUUGAUUUUUAUAACUAUUACAAGGGUCAGAUGGAGGCUUGGGACGGACCUGCUUUACUCUUAUUUAGUGAUGGAAAAACGGUUGGAGCUUGUCUUGAUCGGAAUGGACUUCGCCCUGCUAGAUAUUGGCGUACCAUAGACAAUGUUGUCUAUGUUGCAUCUGAGGGCCGGGUUCUUUUGGAGCAGAUGGUGGUGGCAGCGACAACAAUGGCAUUGUUCCAUUUGAUGGUAGGGUUCCAAACGCCGGGUGGUUCGAAGGCUCCUUAUAGAUUUAACCAUGGCUAUGGUCGUGGUUUUUACUAGAAGCUUAUAUGGCUGAUUAAUAUUAAUGUUUUUUACAUUGUGCACAGUUUUUCUUUUUCCUUUUUUUGUCGUUGGUGAUGUUGAACCCUAUAUUGGAAUAAAUUGGUACUUUUAUGUGUGUGAUUCA